GGUGUGGGAAAACAUGGGAAAUAUCUUUUUCGCCGCGUGGGUGCCCCGAGCUGUCGGGGCCAAGUCGUUGAGCUGUCUCUUGGCUUUGAUUUCGAUCGCAGACUGGUGCUCUGUGUUGCUACAGUGCAAGUUUGCAGCUCCCGUGGUUGGGAUCUCUGUCGGUAUUUUACUAAUAGAGUAAGAAAGAAAGAAAAGAACCUCAACGGCUCGGGCUUUAGACCCAAUGCCGGCGCAGGUGUUGGUGCUGGCGCCAAUCCGUUUCUUCGGCUAAAGGCCUGGUCGAACCCUCUCCAACCGGGCACCCGAGGGCCCAACCGCAAGCCCGAAAGGAUGGGCGACGUCAAGGAGCACAGUAAAGAUGACGACCCCGAAAACCAGCAGCCGCGCCCCAAUCACCUCAAGCCGUCGAUAAACGGCGACUACUACGCGCUGAGGGACGACGACAGCGACGACGAGGAGGCGCAGCUGCUGUCGCCGGGCGCCUUCAACCUCGAGUACGAGGAGGGGGAGGCGACGGUAGUAGUGGUAGCAGCAGCAGCAGCAGCAGCAGCAUUAGCAGCGGGAACAAUAGCAACAGCAACAGCGGCGGCGGCGGCGCCGAGAGGCGGGCUUGCCGCCAAGCUCGGCUGGCGGGGCCGUCAAGGCUGGCAGUGGCCCAGGGUCGUGGGGGUGGCCUUGGCUUUUGGCAAGCGGCGCGGGGGCGGCGGCGGCGGCGGCGGCAGCGCGGGGGAGGGCGGCCGGGCGGGAAGCGGCCCGACGCGUAAUGGUGGUGGUGGUGGCGUUGGCGGUCGCAUCGCCCAUCUCCUGCCCGACAGGGCUAGGCUCGCCGCAAGGCUUCGAGGCUUGUCUGGACGGCUCCGGCUCGACGGGCCCGACCCGCCGCUGGUGUGCUCCAUCAGCCCCCUCAAGGCAGAUUGGCAGGAGCGGCCGGUGCUCUGGCUGGAGCGCAAAUUCCCUACACGGGCGCGGAGGCUAGCUCUGCUGGUGCUCUUCCUCGCCUGCUGGCUGGUCUUGUUUCUGGUGCCCCUGGCCGUCGGCCACUCGGCCGCCGGGUCCGCCCCGGCAACGUCGCCGGACCAGCAGCCCCAGGCCGCCGUGCCCGUCGUGCACCUCGACUGCGCCGACACGCUCUGGCCGCGCGGCAACCGGUGCGGCCUCCACGGCUUCGACUGCCGCCCCUUCGGCAACAGCUCGCUGGCCUUCCACUGCCCGGCCGGCUGCGCGUCCGCCGGGCCGCUGCUGGACGGGCCGCGCUCCGUCGGCGCCGCCGUCGUGCGCGAGGGCCCGCUCGUCGUCGGCGACAAGUACUACCGCGGCGACUCCUUCGUUUGCGCCGCGGCCAUCCACGCCGGCGUGGUCGGCAACGCCGGCGGCGGCUGCGGUGUGGUGCGCCGCCUCGGUCCCGCCGACGUCUUUGGCGCCGCCGGCCGCAACGGCGUCCGCUCCGUGCCCUUCGACUCGUACUUCCCGCUCGCCUUCGCCGUCGACCCCGGCGGCGGCUGCGGCGGCGGCGGCGGUGUCGAUCCGCGGGCCGCCCUGCUCGCCAUCGGCCUGCUCUUCUCCUCCGUCCUCGUGCUCUUCGCGACCGACCCGCCCCUAAUCUUCUUCACCGUCUUUCUCGCCACCUUCGCCCACGUCGGGCUCGCCUCGGACCCGCCGCCCGUCUCGCGCCACUCGGUCGCCGUCCUGCCCGAGCUGCUGUCAACCCUCUCGGCCCGCCUGCCGCCCGCCCUCGUCGUCGCCGCCGUCGCCUACCGCGUCUGCGUCCGCCGCGCCCUGGGCGGCAGCUUCCCCCGCACCGGCCUUCUCCCGCUGCGCGCCCAGGUCGAGAAGCUGCUCCUCUGGCUGCUGCCGCUCUGGCUCGGCGCUUUAGCCAACCACACUUUCGGUGGUGGCGGCGGCGUCCCCGUCCCCGUCCCCGUCCCCUCCUCCUCCUACUACUCCUCCCUUUCCCCCGCCGGUUUCGGCCUCCUCCUCGCCCUCGCGGCCGUCACCGCGCUGCUGCAGGCCCACACCUUCUGGGCCGAGGGCCGCCUGCGCCGCCUCCUGGUCCUGUACGCCGGGCUGGCCACCGCCGUCGCCGCCGCCGCCGCCUCCGCCCCGGCCUGGGGGCUGGAGCUGCGCGCGCAGCCCUACGCCGCGUCGCUGCUCCUCCUCCCCGCCACCGCCGUCCAGACGCGCGCCUCGCUCGCCGCCCAGGGCCUCCUCCUCGGCCUGUUCGUCCACGACGUCGCCCGCCGGGGCUUUGCGCCCGUCCUGCUCGCUUCUCCGGCCACCGCGGCGGCCCGCCGCUCAUCCUCCUCCUCCGUCACUACGCUGCCCCAACUGGCCGCGGCGCCCGUCAUCAAGACGCCGCCCGCGGGAGCCGGCAUCUGGAGCAUCUCGUUCGCCUGGGCGUCGCCGCCGCCGCCGCUGGCCGACGGCGUCAGCGUGCUGGUCAACGACGUGGAGCGCCACCGCUCCGUCCUGGCCGAGCCCCGCGCCCCCGGCCGCGGCGGGCCCCUCGGCGACGGCUUCGUCUGGGCCCGCAAGCCCGACGGCGAGCUGCCCGAGUACUUCCGCUUCGCCUACACCUGGGACGGCGAGGCGCUCGACUACACCCGCGCCGGCGUUUGGCACGCAAACGGCACCUGGACCCCGCCUCCGGAACCGGGGGCGCCGUGAAGAGGGGGAUAGAGAUAGGGAGUAGGUGAAGCGGGUUGGAGACCGAGGGGAGAGCGGGAAUGUCAGUUCAAGCAACAACUUUUGAGCUUCAUCGCACUUCGUCGCUUAAAUGGUAAUGCCGUCUCUUACCCAAACGUGUAAACAAAUAUCUAGAAGUCACCGAAACAGAGACCUGUUCUAUGUGCCGAUAAAGCUAUGUGUUCAGCUCAGAGUCUUAUACAAGGACGGGCAAUUCUGCCUGUAACG